GGAAAUUGCCGAACUCAAUCCGAGCGGGAGGUUGUCGAAUCUGAGGUUACUAGUCCCUCCUGGCUUCCCGUUCUCCAGGCCCGGCUGGCGGAGUUAGCCGAGGCCGCCAUAUUGAAUAAGCUACCGGGCAUCUAAGGGGGUCGGUGUGGUGCGUGCAGUUCUGCCGAGUACCCUCGGCGGCCCCAGAGAGAAGCAAUAUGUUAAGGAUACCCGUAAGAAGGGCUUUAGUAGGCCUUUCUAAGUCUCCUAAAAAAUAUGUUCGAACAACUGCCACAGCAGCAAGCAACUUGAUUGAAGUAUUUGUGGAUGGUCAAUCUGUCAUGGUGGAACCGGGAACUACCGUCCUCCAAGCUUGUGAGAAGGUUGGCAUGCAGAUCCCUCGAUUCUGUUACCAUGAAAGAUUGUCAAUUGCUGGAAACUGCAGGAUGUGCCUUGUUGAAAUUGAGAAAGCUCCUAAGGUUGUAGCUGCUUGUGCCAUGCCAGUAAUGAAAGGUUGGAAUAUCCUGACAAACUCAGAGAAAUCUAAGAAAGCCAGAGAAGGUGUGAUGGAGUUCUUAUUAGCAAAUCACCCACUGGACUGUCCUAUUUGUGAUCAGGGAGGUGAAUGUGAUCUGCAGGACCAGUCCAUGAUGUUUGGAAGUGAUAGGAGCCGGUUUUUAGAGGGGAAACGUGCUGUGGAGGACAAGAAUAUUGGACCAUUGGUAAAGACCAUCAUGACUAGAUGUAUACAGUGUACUCGCUGCAUCAGGUUUGCAAGUGAGAUUGCAGGAGUAGAUGAUUUGGGAACAACAGGCAGAGGAAAUGAUAUGCAAGUUGGCACAUACAUUGAAAAGAUGUUUAUGUCUGAACUGUCUGGGAAUAUCAUUGAUAUCUGUCCUGUAGGUGCCCUGACCUCUAAGCCCUAUGCCUUUACUGCCCGGCCUUGGGAAACAAGAAAGACAGAAUCCAUUGAUGUAAUGGAUGCAGUUGGAAGUAAUAUUGUAGUAAGCACAAGAACUGGAGAGGUCAUGAGGAUUUUGCCAAGAAUGCAUGAGGACAUUAAUGAAGAGUGGAUCUCUGAUAAAACCAGAUUUGCCUAUGAUGGGCUAAAACGUCAAAGACUUACCGAGCCGAUGGUCAGAAAUGAAAAGGGGCUUUUAACCUAUACCUCCUGGGAGGAUGCACUCUCUCGUGUAGCUGGAAUGUUGCAGAGUUUUCAAGGCAAGGAUGUGGCAGCAAUUGCAGGUGGCUUGGUGGAUGCUGAAGCCCUAGUAGCUCUCAAAGAUUUGCUUAAUAGAGUGGACUCUGACACUCUAUGUACAGAAGAGGUCUUCCCCACUGCAGGAGCUGGCACAGAUUUGCGUUCCAAUUAUCUUCUUAAUACUACAAUUGCUGGUGUGGAAGAGGCAGAUGUUGUCCUUCUGGUUGGUACAAAUCCACGUUUUGAGGCACCACUAUUUAAUGCUAGAAUUCGAAAGAGCUGGCUUCAUAAUGACUUAAAAGUAGCGCUUAUAGGCAGCCAAGUGGAUCUCACUUACAGAUAUGACCAUCUGGGAGAUUCCCCCCAAAUUCUUCAAGACCUUGCUUCGGGUAGUCAUCCAUUCAGCCAGGUACUAAAGGGAGCUAAAAAACCUAUGGUGGUUUUAGGCAGUUCUGCACUUCAAAGAAAUGAUGGUGCAGCAAUUCUUGCAGCUGUUUCCAGCAUUGCUCAAAAGAUUCGGAUGAGCAGUGGUGCUGCUGGUGAUUGGAAAGUUAUGAACAUUCUUCAUAGGAUUGCAAGCCAAGUAGCUGCUUUAGACCUUGGCUAUAAACCUGGAGUUGAAGCAAUUCGAAAGAACCCUCCCAAAGUGCUGUUUCUCCUGGGAGCAGAUGGAGGUUGUAUCACUCGACAGGAUUUGCCAAAGGAUUGUUUCAUUAUUUAUCAAGGACAUCAUGGUGACGUUGGAGCUCCUAUGGCUGAUGUUAUUCUCCCAGGCGCUGCUUACACAGAAAAGUCUGCCACUUAUGUCAAUACUGAGGGCCGAGCUCAGCAGACUAAAGUAGCAGUGACUCCUCCCGGCUUGGCGAGAGAAGACUGGAAAAUUAUAAGAGCCCUCUCAGAGAUUGCAGGUAUAACUCUUCCAUAUGAUACUCUGGAUCAAGUAAGGAGCAGACUGGAAGAAGUCUCUCCGAAUCUUGUUCGAUAUGAUGACGUUGAAGGAGCUAAUUAUUUCCAGCAAGCAAGUGAGCUCUCCAAGCUAGUGAACCAGCAACUACUUGCUGAUCCCCUUGUUCCACCUCAGCUAACAAUAAAAGACUUCUAUAUGACAGAUUCAAUUAGCAGAGCCUCACAAACAAUGGCCAAAUGUGUUAAAGCUGUCACAGAGGGUGCCCAGGCAGUAGAGGAACCAUCCAUAUGCUGAAGCAUCUACUAGAAACCCAGUUUUGCUACAAAUACUUAAUGGACAAUUAUGUUGGAGUAAUCUCUUAGAGGUUUAUCUCUUUAAAAAAUAAUCUGAAUGAUGUAAUAUUUAAAGUUCUGUCAUGCUUAUUUGAAAACAAUAUUGCAGUCAUCAAAGAGCUUCUAAGAAUGUUUAUGUAUUUAUGUAAACAUUAAAUAGUUUAAUAAACAUGUAUACAGGUACUUUUUCAUGUAAAAGCGUUGAUAGUCUUCAUGACAAAUACAAAGAAAGUCCUUAAAAUAAGAAUUUUUGUUUAUAGAUCAUUUAUGUUUGUAAAUGAGUGAAAUAAGCAGAGCUCCAUUAGGACCCCCUUUUUUAAAUUGCUAAAAAAAGAUUUAAGCAUUCUGUCAGGCUGGUACAUAGAAAAAAUAUAUAAUCAUAUAUUGUAUGUAUCUUGGAAGAUUAUAUAAUGACAGCUAAUGACUGCUCAGCUUUUUCUAUGUGCUAAGUACUCGGUUUUAAUGUGAGAUCUUGUUUUGUCCUUGCUCUGACCCGAUGAGGUAGUAUUAUCUCAUUUUACAGAUGAAGAAACUGAAGCCCAGGGGUAUUAGGUAGCUUGCCCGAGGCCACAGCAAAAAAGUCAGACUCAAGUCUAGUUCUCUCUGACUCCAGAAUUUAUUGUUCAUAACUGCUACACAUAAUUCCCUGUCCAUUAAUACAUACUCCGUAGGUUGUUACUUCUAAGAGUUAGUAUUGAGGAACUUAAUGUGUAACAUAUUUUCCUAUAUUCUCUUGAAUCUGUUUAUAUAAUGUCAUGGUGGCUAUAUGACAUUUUUCUUUGGAUAAUAGAUUACACUCACAGACACCCUUGGAAUGAGGGAGGUCUCAAGAGAUACAUAAUCUAGGUCCUCAUUGAUGUUUCAUAUUCAUUAUAUUAGCAUCAUGUAUAGUAUUAAGUCAAAUAAAUUAUUCCAGGAAUAGAAAACAAACUAAUAGUUUUCAUAGUUUUUAAUUGUCAAACAAAAAGUAAAAAUUUUACACUUAACCUAGGAGAUAAUCUAAAGCUAUAUUAAAUUUUUUUCAAAAUCCAUGCUCCAUAUCUUUUGGUUUUGUAAUCUUUAUUCCCCUCUGCUUUCCUGAUGUAAACUCAAUUCCAUUGAUUGUCAGGGGAAGUUAUGACUAAUAUAACCUCCAGGUGGUAUUUUUUUCAAGAAAAGCAUUCCUUUACUAAGGCUCAAAGUAAUUAAAUAGCUUGUCCAAGGUCAACCCAAUCAAUGAAAUACUGCUACUACAGACCAUCCACCAGGGUUGUGAAAAUUAACUUAUUAUGCAGAAUUCUGCUUAUUUUGAUGGAAUUUUUACCAGUCAUAAUAAGAUUUACUGAGUCUGUUGGAUUCUAAUCCUUAAAACAGCAAAAACAUGAAAUGGUGCUGUCAGAAGAGGGAAAACUAUAUGCUGGUGAUAGAAAGGGUAGAUCUAUUGAUGUGCAUAAAAGUGGAUAGGUGGAUUCUUUUGCCAGCGUAAAACUUUGGCUAAUAUAAACCGUCAGCCUUACUGCUGCCCAGAAAAAUUACCCCACCACUAUUCAAGCUCCCAAGGAGAGAGGACCUAAAGCAGCUUAGCAAACAAAGCAGUGGUAAGAGGGUUUUUUUAAAUGUUAACACUGUCAUUCAUGACCACUGUUAAAAUGUCACUCGCAGAGUCAUUACAAUCCCAUUAAUAAAGGCCUGGUGUGGCCUUGAAGAUUACAGUUCAUGCAGAAAUUAAUUCUAUACAUGAGUAUGACGAACUAUUUUUUUAGGACAUUUUAUAAGGCUAAUACUAUCUUAGCAUGGCUAGACCUUAUGUUUGUGAUUGACUCAACUUAUGGAAAUAAGUAGACAUGAAAAAUAUGAAGAUCUGUUGGAACAAAAAGUUGUGUAUAUACAUAAGUAUCUUAACAAUUGCAUAGUAUUCUAAUUAGUUGGCUUAUUUAAUUUAGCCCAAGAGACAAAAAUGUUAAUGAGAAAACUGUGACUAGACUUAAGGUCUAGGUUUUAAGAGAAUAAGGGUCUCAGAACCAAAUACCCUUUGCAAAGUGUUUUCUUGUGGUUUUUUAACCACUGAAAAAUUUUGAAUAUUAAAGAUUGACUUACCUAUGACCGAUUUUCAAAACCUUAGACAUCGUAAUAUUUUUUAAAUAACUUAAACUGAAAGGCAAUACAUUGGUCUUGAAAAAUAUGGCAAAUGCAUAGUCUAGGACUGGUGAUUAGUUCAUAAUAUUUAAUUUGAAUUGUUAUGUAAAGAGAGCAUAAGAUAAACAACUUUUUAAUUUCCUUCGUAGAAGCAUAUAAUUUUGGAUCUGAAAAGGACUGUAGAAAAAAACCCUGGUAUUACACAUGCAUUUUAUAAUUGUGAAAAUGGAGGCCAGAGAGAGUAAGGGGCUAAUUGGGGGCAGGUUUUGUGGUUUGAACCAGCUCUUCUGACUUCUCAAAGCCUUAAAUUCAAUCCUGACAUUUAUUAAACAUUUGCAGAGUGUCUACUGUGUGUCAAGUAUGAUAUUAAGUACUAGGACUACAAAGAAAUGCAAUUAAGUUUGUGCUUUCAAGAAACUAACUGUGUAAUAAAAGGUAUGUAAACAUGA